AUGCCGGGAAGGGAGUUCUCCGCCGCCGCGUUACGUGGGCCGUGCGCGGGCGCGGACUACAAGUCCCAGGAGCGCUUUGAAGGAGCGACCCAGCCGGAGACCCCAGGCCAGCUGUGGAGGGGCCCACACCCAGCCGAACACAAGCCUCCAGCAGGGGCCCACCCGGUCACCCCAAGUCUCCGGGGAGCCCACCCAGACCCCCAAGUCUCCCCGGGGGACCCCCCAGACCCCCCAAGUCUCCGGGGGACCCACCCAGACCCCCAAGUCUCCGGGAGACCCACCCAGACCCCCCAAGUCUCCCCGGGGGACCCAUCCAGACCCCCAAGUCUCCGGGGGACCCACCCAGACCCCCCAAGUCUCCCUGGGGGACCCAUCCAGACCCCCAAGUCUCCGGGAGACCCACCCAGACCCCCCAAGUCUCCCCGGGGGACCCAUCCAGACCCCCAAGGGACCCACCUGACCCCCAAAGUCUCCGGGGGACCCACCCAGACACCCCAAGUCUCCCUGGGGACCGACCCAGACCCCCAAGUCUCCGGGUUAUCCCUGGACACCCCAACUCUUCCAAGGGACCCACCCAGACCCCCAAGUCUCCAGGGGACCCACCCAGACCCCUAAAGUCUCCGGGGGACCCACCCAGACCCCCCAUGUCUCCGGGGGACCCACCCAGACCCCCCAAGUCUCCGGGGGACCCACCCAGAACCCCCAAGUCUCCGGGGGACCCUCCCAGACCCCCAAUCUCCCCGGGGGACGCACCCAGACCCCCGAAGUCUCCGGGGGAUCCAUGGACACCCCAACUCUUCCAGGGGACCCACCAGACCCCCCAAGUCUCUCCAGGGGACCCACCCAGGCCCCCCAAGUCUCCCCAGGUGA